AUGAGAGAUCUUCAUCCAUCCUCUUCUGCUACGCCGACGACCGCGAGAUCUUCGACUUCUCACCGUCCUACCUAUACUGCCACUCUUUCUUGUCACGACGAGGCAGAAGAGGAGAGGUACAGAGAGCAGACCUCCGAUGCUCUGAACGAAGUCAUUAUGGCUGUCGAUAUGAACAGAGAUGGAAAGGUCGGAUGCGCAUACUAUGUCGUCCUUGAUGAGACUUUGGUCAUCGAAGAAGACGUCUCUAUGGGUGGGAUCGAAACUGUGGCCACUUUGGUGCUCCAAGCGCAGCCAACGACUAUCAUGGUGCCAAACAGGGCUCCCCAAAAACUUACCGAGUUCCUUGAGAAGGAUGCGCAAAAGCUUGACGAGGACGAUGCCACCGAAAUUCGAGGGCUCUAUAUCCUUCGCCAUCUUGUCAGCGCAGAGUUUGACUAUGACGCAAACAAAGAAGCGCUUUUGGGGCUUUACAACGAUGCGUGUUCCGGAGAUGGGAUGUCGCCAGGGGCAGAAGACGAAGACGCCAUGCAUUGCAUUGGUGGUUCAAGCCACAGGCGACUGAUGCGCUUAGAGAAGACAGUCAAUCUCGGUAGCCAUCUUUCGAUUGGUUGUGCUGGGGCCGUGUUGAGUGACCUUGAGCGUCGCCGCAGCACUGAAUAUCUCGCCCCUGGUGCCGAGGCACCAAUCUCUUUCAGAGUCAAGGCAAUCACCAUGAGUUCACAGUCAGAUGUGAUGCUCAUAAGUGCAGACGCCUUGUUGUCGCUACAGAUAAUGCGAACAGAGCUUCACCCAAACCCGCAACUCCAGUGCCUUGGAGGCUCCGAGAACAAAGUCAAGGAAAGCCUUUCCAUUUCCGGGCUUCUCCAAGCUCUAGCAGGAACGGUCCAAGGAAAAGCAAGACUCCGUCAAAUGCUCUUUCAACCGAGCCUUGAUGCCGAUGUUAUCGAAGAGAGACAGACGAGCAUUGCGGUCUUUCUCCGCCCCGAGAACAGUGAUAUUGUAGCAAGCAUACGGAGACAGUUGAAGAAAGUCAAGAACAUCAAGGCCGCAUUGCACCAUGUCAGAGGCGGUGUUGACAGAAUCAGAGGGCAGUUGUCCCUUCGGAUCAACGACUGGAGGGCGCUUUUGCGGUUCACAAUGAUCGCAACCCAACUACGGGAGGACAUACGAUCCCUUGCGGGAGGCCAAGAUUUGAGCAUCUACGCAAAGCUCCAAGACGAUAUUGACACCCAGGCAAUUCUCCAGGCUGGAGAAAUGAUAGUGAACACUAUCGACUUCAAAUUGUCACAAGACACGGGCCGAACGGAAAUCUUACCAGGCGCCAGUGAAAGAUUAGACGAGCUUAAGGACGACUACACGCAGGUGUUCCAAGAGCUUUCCGAUAUCAAACGAGAGGUAUUGGCGCAAGUCCCAAGAUGGGCUGUCCAAUAUGUCCAGGAAUGUACUAUAGUGCCCCGGCUUGGGUUUCUCAUUGCAGUGACCCUAAACCCUGAUACGGGAGAAGGUGCUUUCAACGGAAGGGGAGUUGCAGAUGACGAGUGGCACCAGGUCGUGACGGACCAUCAACGGGCCUACUACAAGAACAAGACAAUGGUCGAGCUGGACGGCAUAUAUGGCGAUUUAACUGCAGAGAUUGCCGAUGAAGAAAUUGAGGUUGUAAUCAAGCUGGCAGCGGCUGUUUUUGAGCACGAAAAUGCUCUGAUUCGCGCCUCGGAAAUCCUGGGGGAGCUUGACAGCCUGCUUGCGUUGGCUUUGGCUGCAGAGAAGUUCAAUUGGGCGCGACCAAAGAUGACAAGCGAGAACGUCCUUGACAUUGAGGGCGGACGUCACCCUCUCCAAGAGCUUCUCGUCCCGUCUUUCAUCCCCAACGACUGCUUUCUCAAAGGUGGUCGCGGAUCGGAAGACAACGACGAGGUUGAUAUCGCAGGUGUCGAGUGCGAACCGAAAGAGUCGUCCGUCUUGAUCUUGACUGGCCCAAACAGCUCGGGAAAGAGCAUCUACAUGAAACAGGUUGCCCUAAUCGUCUAUCUGGCACACAUUGGGAGCUACGUGCCCGUCACACGUGCGACGAUCGGAAUAACGGAUCGGAUCUUCACACGGGUCGCUACCCGAGAAACUGCCAUGGACGACGAAAGCGCAUUCAUGACCGAUCUCAAACAAGCAGCCUUCUCCACCAACUUUGCAACCCGGCAAAGUCUCGUACUCGCAGACGAGUUCGGGAAAGGCACCAGUAUGGACGCCGGUGCGGCCAUCUUGGGAGCCUAUAUUUACCACUUCCUCGAGAUGGGGGCAGAUCGCCCUAGGGUGCUCGCGAGCACACACUUUCACGAUGUGUUCAAGAAAGGAUUCCUAAAGCCCGAGGAGGGCGUGGCGUAUGCUCACAUGGAAGUUCGACUGGACCCCGAGGCCAAAGAUGUUGAAGAUCGAAUCACGUAUUUGUACCGCCUUGUCCCCGGACGCUCUGAACACAGCCUGGGACUUAUGUGUGCGGCGAUCAACGGCAUUGAGGAUCGUGUGUUGAAGAGAGCCCAGGAGAUUCUAGACAUGCUUGAAGGAGACAAAGACAUUGAUGAGGUCUUUUCGAAACCCAGUGAUGAGGAUAUCAAGGAAUUGAAGAAUGCGGAGAUCGUUGCUAGGCGGUUUCUUGCCAUGGAAUUGCCAGAAGAAGGGAGUACUACCGUGAAUGGUCGUUCGGUUCGGGACAUGGUUCGGGACAUCUUGGUGAUCGAGGAGGAUGAGGGAGAAGUAGGCGAUGCUGGAUCCGAGAAGUGA